CAAAUGACACCUAAUUUCAGUCUUUAGAAUUUUCGUUGUUGUUUUUUUUUCGAUAGAAGAGUUUGUUUAUGUCACACGCCGCCAUCUUUUGUUGUUGUUUUUUUUUUUUGCUGUGCCGUAGUCGAGCUCUCGCGCUUCCGCUCCGAGUCGGUCCACUUCCGCCUGACGCCAUUUUGAUGAAACAGCGAGCCGACCGUCGUCGAGCGGGACUCUCCGGACAAGACGCGGAUUUGGACCUUUAAUCUUGCCUCGUUUGGGAGUACCGCUGCACUGGCGUGGAGUUCUGCGUGUUUUUGGUCGAGUUUGGGCUGCAGACGCCCGCGAGCUUGUCAGCUGGCCUUUAGCAACAUUAGCUUCAUCUGCUGCGUGGUUCGCGAGCUCGCGCUCCCCGUUUGGUUACUUUUUGGGGGUGUGUGUCGAGGUCCGACUGUGAGGUGUUUCACACGACCCCGCGGACCCUUUGUCGGUCUGCUUUGUGGACGCUUGGAGGACUGAACCCUUGAAGGACUGGCGGCGGCCCGCUGCUAGCUGCUAGCGGCGCCGGGGCCGGCGCCCCCCGCCCCUCUCGGACGGUUCCCCUCAGAUUAACCCGUUCUCGGUGCUCCAUUUGGACUGUGCUGGAUUUGAAGCGAGCCCGUUUACCGGACUGAAGGACUCCCCGCCGGGCGCAUGGCGCCGACACCCGGCCGCCGGGCCUCCCGCCUCCAUAUUCUGAGCUAAAACCCACAGACUCACCCGGAGCGGCACUUUUCUCAGCUAGUCUUUGUGUCUAAAGCGCCGUCAUGGUUUGCUGAUUAAACUCCAGAUUUAGCUUCUGUGUUCAGUGUUGACGCUGUUGAUUUCCUUCACCCCGCAGGGCCUGUUGUUUGUUUCCCCACUGUGCUUGAAUGACGUGACUGCUUAGGCUUGUAAACAUGUCGUGUGUUCAUUAUAAGUUCUCCUCCAAACUGGACUACAACACCGUCACUUUCGACGGUCUGCACAUCACACUGAGCGACCUGAAGAGGCAGAUCAUGUCCAGGGAGAAGCUCAAGGCCACAGACUGUGACCUGCAGAUCACCAACGCGCAGACGCGGGAAGAGUACACCGAUGAUGAAGCUCACAUUCCGAAGCACUCGUCCGUGAUCGUCCGCCGGACUCCCAUCGGUGGAGUCAAGCCCGCUGGCAGGACGUUCAUUGUAGAUCGUUCUGACACAGCUGUGGCUGGAUCGUCCAGACCCACCGAUUCUUCUCCCUCUCUGACACUCGCCCAACUGUCCAAGACGGCCAACCUGGUGGACGCUAACGCCUCUGAGGAGGACAAGAUCAAGGCGAUGAUGUCCCAGUCCAACCAGGAAUAUGACCCCAUUCAUUACUCCAAGAAGGCGCUUGGCCCCCCGCCUCCUAACUACACCUGCUAUCGCUGCGGGAAGUCUGGGCACUACAUUCGCUUGUGCCCCCUGUCCAUGACCCAGUUGCAAGACAAAGGUGUGGAAGGGCCCAAACCUGUCAGGACCAGCAAGGGGAUUCCACAGAGCUUCAUGGUGAGGGCGGAGCCGGGUACCAAGGGAGCCAUGUUGACCAGCACUGGAGAAUACGCCAUCCCUGCGAUAGACGCCGAGGCGUACGCCCAGGGAAAGAAGGAACGCCCCCCGUUCGUCCCUCACGAGCAGUCGUCCUCUGAGGACGACACCGACCCCAUCCCCGAUGAACUUCUGUGUCCCAUCUGCAACGACCUCAUGACCGACGCCGUUGUGAUUCCCUGCUGUGGAAACAGUUACUGCGAUGACUGCAUCAGAACUGCUCUGCUGGAUUCAGAGGAGCACGUCUGCUUCACAUGCAAACAGAGCGAGGUGUCGCCCGACAACCUCAUCGCCAACAAGUUCCUGCGACAGGCGGUCAACAACUUCAAGAACGAGACUGGGUACACCAAACGGUGCAGGAAGCCGGUCCAGCAGAUUACUGCCCCGCCCCCCCCACGUGUUCUUCUGGCCAGGUCCCUGAACUCUCGGCAGCAGGACCCACUGAAGGUCCACAUGCCUCAGCCCGCACCAGCAGCUCCUCCCACUGCUCCCGCCACGGCGCCCCCUGCCGAACCCCUCUCUGCUGCAAACGUGGAUCAAGGCCCCCCCACACCUCCGACUCCACCUGCACCUCCGACGCCGUCGCCUCCACCUGCAGACGAGGAGGAGGGCCAGGUGGUAUCGCCGACGCCUCCCCCUGUCAGUCUCUCCCCGCGACGCUCCAACAGCCACAGGGAGCCGCCUCCGCCUGGCGAGUCGGACCCGGAGCCGACCGCAGACUCCUCUGCCCCGUCGGACAGCAGAUCGCAGGGCUACGGUGUGUCCGUUCUCAGCCACCAGCCUGCGCACUCGCGGCCGUCCCAACAGCCAGGAGCCCACUCCCGACAUCAUCAGGCCCACAGGGGGAGCAGCAGACACUGGGACAGCAGGUCUUACAGGAGCAGAGAGCAGCCACCCACCAACCUACUCGCUGGGCCGCCUCAGAUGCCAGCACCCCCCAUCUACUCGGCGCCGUCCCUCUACCAGCCGCCCCCGCAGCCUUAUGCCAUGUACCCGGCCGGGCCCGGCCUCCUUCCGCCUCCGGCCAUGGGCUACCAGCCCCAGCCCAUAUACGCGCCUGGACCUCCGGGACUCAACCCCCCCUGGGUUUCCGCGGGUGCCCAGCCCCCCUUGCUCCCCUUGCCCCCCGCUCUCUCGCAGCCCCCCCUCUCGAAAGAAGACUUCUACAGACGUCACCACCGGCCGGACAAAGCUGCGUCAAAACUGGACGAAUUUACCCGAGACUUCCACAAAGAGCUGAUGAAGUACAGAAACCCACCCAAGAGGAGACGGCCGUCGUACUCGAGGUCGCGCUCAUACAGUCGCUCGCCCUUCAGGCGGUCCUACUCUCGCUCCAGAUCCAAGUCCAGAUCCAGGUCUUACUCAUAUUCCCCGAGCCGGUCCCGCUCUCGCUCUCGCUCCCGUGGGAGGGCGUACCCGUCAUCCCCGUAUUCCCGACGCAACGGCCGCAGCUACGGACGCUCACGCUCCAGGUCGCGCUCCAGGUCCUACGGCAUCCGCCGCUCUGGAUCCCCCCGCAGUCCGCCCCCCUCCAGAGGAGGUGCCUGGGAGGCGCCCGAGGGACCCGUCCUGUACAGGUCCAGAACGCGAUCUCGCUCUCCCGGAGGCUUCAGGGGUCACAGCCCUGGAGGCAGGAAGCUCCCUCCUCGGGACUUUGCACCCUUUGACUACAAGAGUCUGAGUCCCGGCAGCCAGGAGAGCGAGAGCUACCGGCAGCGGGAGAGGGAGUACCGCGAGUGGUACAAUGCCUACUAUAAAGACUUGGACCAGCAUCACCCCGCCUUCCAUCGGGUGCACAGCAGCCGGGACCGGGAGAGAGAGCGGCCCUCCCCCUCGGAUCGGGAUUACUCCCCGCAAGGUCGGGGUAGACGAGGCAGAGAGGAGAGGGGCGGACUCCUCCCUCUGCCCCCGACGCACCAUCAACCCCCGCCCGCCUCUUCGUCCUCAUCAGGAGCCAAGACCACCUCUAAGGUCCUGAAGACCAAGCGAGUGAAGAAGAAGAGAGCCGGGGAAGAGUAUGAGAUGUCUCAGCAGUCGGAGGAGCAGGGCUACGACUCGCCCACCAGCGAACCCGGGACGCUCUCCAAGUCCCCCGCCGCACACGCCAAACCCCCUGCGGGCUCCACAGCCAAGGCGCCGUCGGCAAAGAGCGUUCCGGUGAAGCCCACGCCCAAAACCAAGAAGGAGAAGGUCACGAAGGUUAAAGCCAAGGUGAAAACAGACGCCAGCAAGGUGAAGAAUGAGAAGGUGAAGAAGAAACCCACUGACUCUGUGGCGACUAAGAAGAAGGAGCCUGCGUCCGCCACUGCCGCCAAGCCCGUCAAGACCUCUGCCAAGGUCAAGCAGGAUGAAGCCACCAAGCCAAACACCCCCAAGAAGGCCAAGUCUAAGAAUCCUCCUGUCAAAAGCAGCCGGCCAAAGACUCCGCCUCCCCCUCCCUACGACCCGUCGCCGCCCCACCUCGGUGACAGACACAGCCAUGAAGUCCGGCGAAGAGACGGGCCCCCGAGCGGCGGCUUUGCCAUUCACCGGACUCUGUCUCCGGUGGAGAGUCGAAGGAGGCCGGGUGAGGAGAGCCGCUCUCUGCUCGGGACGCCGCCCAGGAAGCUGAGGAGGCUGGACGACGUCAUGCCCCGCCCCCACUCCUCUCAUCUGCCGCCCAUCCACAGAGUUCUGCCGCCGUCGGACAGACCUGCUCCCGUUUCUGUGAGCCGUGACAUCCGAGGAGACUCGGAUCGAGGCUCCAUCCGCCCUCUGAUGGACCUCCAGGUCAAGCCCAUGAGCUACGGUACGGAGAGGUCAUCCCACACUCACCUGGAAGACCUUCGCCCCUCCAAUUCAUCCGAGAGCACGUCGAGGAAAGAACCAGCUGCACUUUCUGAGAGGUCGUUUGGUCGAGACAGACCAGGCAGUGCCAGCGACCGGGAGUCAGACCGCAGCUCAGGAGCCGAUCGAGGGCGAGACAGAGUGUCUGCCACUGACAGGGACAGAGAGCGGGACCGGGGUUCUGGUCCCACGAAGGCUCCUGCAGACCGGGAGCGGGAGAAGGAACGGGAGCGUGAAAAGGAGCGGGAGAAGGAACGGGAGCGUGAAAAGGAGCGGGAGAAGGAGCGAGAAAAGGAGCGGCAGCGAGAGGCCGAGGCGGAGCGCUCGGCGAGGGCCGACAAAAAGACGGCCAGUGCAGGAGGACGCUCGGUCUGUGUGGAUAAGUUGACCAUUGCUGAAAAGUCUGCCGUCACCAAGAGAGUCGGGAACCAUCCGGAGAAACCCAGCGUGUCCUCCAAGGACCGAGCGGAGAGGACGACCAAGUCCGACAGGAGCGUGUCCAAGGACCGGGGCGAGAGGAGCAACACUUCGGGAGACAAGCCUGCUGCUGCUGCUGCGCGCAAAGAGGAUCAGACUCGCACUGCUGCCUGCAAAGAUGCAGAGAAACCAGCGAGGAGCAAACCUCGGAUCAACCGGAAGCCUCUGUCCAGCUUUGCCUCCUCGUCCUCCAGCAGAUCGACCGAGGCCAAGUCGGAGUCAGACAGGGACCAGAAACCGCUGUCCAGACCCGCAGCCCAGCCCCUCCCUGCUCUGCCCAGCCCAGGAGGCGCCGGUGGCAGGAGCGUCAGUCCGCCACAGAGUCCAGCUACAGACCUGCCCCCGAUUCAGGCGCCGCCUCGCUCCAAGUGGGAGACGGAGGACGACGAGGCGCAGGAGAACGGCGUGCGCGAGGAUAAGGAGCCGUCUCCGCUGCCACCGAAGAGCCGGGCCAGGGAGGUCCAGCCGGAAGGUCCACGAACCGUGAAGAGCGAGGUGGCCAAAGAGAAGAAGGCCAGAGGCCCCUGGGAGGAGGACAAGGGCAGCCGGACCACGACCGCCGCCGACAAGCCCACAAAGGUCAAGCUGGUGAGAACCGCAGGGAAACCGGCGGUCCGAGAGCCGGGCCGUUCCCGGGCCGCAAAGGAGGACGAGGAGCGCUCCGCGGGGAGGGCGCCCGAGGAGGGUCGACCCUCAAAGGAAGAGCCGCCACGCUCGGGCACAGGAGGGCCCCGGGAAGAGGUGAAAGCCCCAGUCAAGGAGGAGCGAGUGGAGCCCAGGCGACAGCGCCUCAGCUCCGACCUGGGCCGCGAAACCGACGAGGCCGCCUUUGUCCCCGACUACAGCGAGGGGGAGGGGUCUGAGGCGGAGAGGGGCGGCAGCAGCCCCUCUGCCAGCCAGGGCUCCUGCAGCCCCGACCCCAGCAACUCCACCGGCGCCGCCGCUGCGGCGGCAGAGAAGAAGAAGAAGAAGAAGAAACAUAAGAAACACAAGAAGCAUAAGAAGCACAAGAAGCACGGCGACAAAGAUGGCGAGCACAAGGGACACAAACACAAGAAGAACAAACACAAGAAGAGCAAGGACGACGAGGGGAUGAGCGAGGACGCGUCGUGAGCUGGGCCGCUCGGCCCGUGAGCACUCAGGGACGAGGCUCCGGCAGAACCUCCACGCGGAGAUGAACUGACCAGGCAGUAAUUUAUUUGAGUUUGUGGAAGAGUCGCUGUUCGUUGCUGCUGCUAACCGCCAAUGUUUGUUUUCCUUUUAUAAUAAACGAUGGAACAUCACUGACGCCUGAGUGCCUGUGUGGUGGGCCAGCAGGGGGCGCUCGCUCGUGGGGGGUCAAAGUGAAAUACACUAGGAGGAUCACCG